ACAACAAAGCCAGCAAUUGUGACAAAGGAAACUGGCAUUGGUAUUACUGAAAGUGCUCUAAGAGAACUAAUGAAUAAUGAAAAUAUGGCUUUUGUUGUUGGAGUACACAAAAAUGAUAGAAGUGAUAUGAUGUCAGCUUUAGGAUUGGGUGAAGAUGAAGAUAGAGAAUCACCUUGGGAUUCUGAGAGCAUCUCUGAGAGUGUUCCAGAGAAGUCUUUUGCUUAUUUAUCUGAAGUCACAGAUCAAAGAGGGAAAAAUAUAUUAAAUGGACAAAUAGAAGAUGUGUCAGGAGAAGUAGACUUAAAAAGGACAUCAGAGGAAGAACAAGAGAGGCUUGAUGGAGGUGAAAACAACCAACCACAGGUUGAAGGAGAAAGGAAGAAGCCUGAAAGAAGUGACAUGGAAGUAUCAGAAAACGUGUAUGCUGAUUCUGCUGAGAUUAAUGACAGUGGAUUAAUUCAACAAAGAAUGAGUGAACAACCUGGUAGUCAUCAAUUUCCUCUUAAGGAUAAUGAUUCUAAUAGGCUUUCCAACAGACAUGUCAUCGAUGAUUCGUGGCCUGCAUCAGAUGAUGAAGACUUGGAUUUUGAUACCAAGAGCAUCUCUGACCGUGAUCCAGAGAAGUCUUUUGCUUCCUUAUGCAACGCCACACAUGAGAAGGAAAAAAAUAUAUUAAAUGGACAAAUGCAAGAUGUGUCAGGAGAAGUAGACUUAAAAAGGACAUCAGAGGAAGAACAAGAGAGGCUUGAUGGAGGUGAAAACAACCAACCACAGGAUAAAGUUAUUGUUGAAACAUGCAACCCGACAGAAAACACAUCCGAAAAUCAAACUGAGCCAAUUAAUCUUCCACUUUUCCAUCUGCAAAAAAUGUCUCAAGGCCCAGAAAUGAACGAGCAAUGUGAUAGAAAGGAUAUAUCUGUAUACUCAAGGCCUCCUUUUUUGCAAAAGUAUGAGGAAAUAUUGAUCAAACAAGGCAAGUUAGAAUUGAAAAAUAAUUUAAAACUCAUCACAAAUGAGUUAACGCAGAAGUUUGCUGAAAUUUCUGAAAAAUGUAAAAUUACUGCUCAUCCCGAGGAAGAGCCACUACUGGACAACUCUGAAGGAGCAAACUUAAAGGAACUAUCCUCUAAUUUGACAAAGAAGAUACCUGAUGGUGAGGAGAACGAUGCAUCUGGAGUAUGUGUACCUGUUGUACUCCAGGCAGUUCCUGAACAAGGAGAGCCAAGUCUUGAAAAUGUCUUUCCAUCUCGUUUAUACUCUGGGUCCCAGGAGUAUACUUGCCAGUCGUCUUCUAAACUUGAUUUAAAUCAUAAAUUAGACCAUGAAAAUGAUUAUGAACCUGACACUGAAUGUAUUUUUCACAAAAAUAAGGAGGGUUUUUAUAAUGAUGCAGAAAAUAAAACGAUGAGGAACCCAGAUGCACUUAAAGUUGAAAUGAAAGAAGACCGAGGGUUUGAUGUGCAAAAGACAAAAAAUCCAAAGCAAAAUACCAUGGAUUGGAAAUUAGACGUUGGACGUCCCUGGCAGUCUAGCGAUCCCCAAAGCCUUGUUGAUUUGUUCCCUACCCGGUGCAGUGAAAUGAGAAAUAUUAUUCAAACAAAAAAGCCCACUCUGUUUGCUGUUACAGACACUCAUGAGAAAACAAAACCAAAGCCAGACUUGUUCCAGAAGCCAUUACAUGAUAAUUGCAGUGCUGAUAACUGUAAAGCCUUGGAAGCUGAAUUUGAAAAUGCGCAUUCUUCUCCACCAUAUAGUGACAGAACAUCAAAAGUAUAUCUAAAUGAAGUAUUACAGCAAGAUAUGCAGAGGUUGAAGAAUGAGCCAGGCAUUGUCCAGUUAGAGUUCCAGGCUUUGGAUAAAGAGAACUUGGAGCUUCAAAAAGAGGUUGAGGAAGAAAGGAAGAACCCCAAAGGAAGUGACGUGGAAGUACCAGAAAACUUGUGUACCACUUCUGCUGAGGUUAUUGAAGGUGGAUUAAGUCAACAAAGAAUGAGUGAACAACGUGAUAGUCAGCAAUUUGCUCUCAAGGAUAAUGAUUCUAACAGGCUUUCCAACAAACAUGUCAUCGAUGAUUCGUGGCCUGCAUCAGAUGAUGAAGACUUGGAUUUUGAUACCAAGAGCAUCUCUGACCGUGAUCCAGAGAAGUCUUUUGCUUCCUUAUGCAACGCCACACAUGAGAAGGAAAAAAAUAUAUUAAAUGGACAAAUGCAAGAUGUGUCAGGAGAAGUAGACUUAAAAAGGACAUCAGAGGAAGAACAAGAGAGGCUUGAUGGAGGUGAAAACAACCAACCACAGGAUAAAGUUAUUGUUGAAACAUGCAACCCAACAGAAAACACAUCUGAAAAUCAAACUGAGCCAAUUAAUCUUCCACUUUUGCAUCUUCAAGAAAUGUCUCAAGACCCAGAAAUGAACGAGCAAUGUGAUAGAAAGGAUAUAUCUGUAUAUUCAGGGCCUCCUUUUUUGCAAAAGUGUGAGGAAAUAUUGAUCAAACAAGGAAAGUUAGAAGUGAAAAAUAAUUUAAAACUCAUCACAAACGAGUUAACGCAGAAGUUUGCUGUAAUUUCUGAAAAAUGUAAAAUUACUGCUCAUCCCGAGGAAGAGCCACUACUGGACAACUCUGAAGGAGCAAACUUAAAGGAACUAUCCUCUAAUUUGACAAAGAAGAUACCUGAUGGUGAGGAGAACGAUGCAUCUGGAGUAUCUGUACCUGUUGUACUCCAGGCAGUUCCUGAACAAGGAGAGCCAAGUCUUGAAAAUGUCUUUCCAUCUCGUUUAUACUCUGGGUCCCAGGAGUAUACUUGCCAGUCGUCUUCUAAACUUGAUUUAAAUCAUAAAUUAGACCAUGAAAAUGAUUAUGAACCUGACACUGAAUGUAUUUUUCACAAAAAUAAGGAGGGUUUUUAUAAUGAUGCAGAAAAUAAAACGAUGAGGAACCCAGAUGCACUUAAAGUUGAAAUGAAAGAAGACCGAGGGUUUGAUGUGCAAAAGACAAAAAAUCCAAAGCAAAAUACCAUGGAUUGGAAAUUAGACGUUGGACGUCCCUGGCAGUCUAGCGAUCCCCAAAGCCUUGUUGAUUUGUUCCCUACCCGGUGCAGUGAAAUGAGAAAUAUUAUUCAAACAAAAAAGCCCACUCUGUUUGCUGUUACAGACACUCAUGAGAAAACAAAACCAAAGGCAGGCUUGUUCCAGAAGCCAUUGCAUGAUAAUUGCCGUGGUGAUAACAGUAAAGCAAGAGAUGGGUUGUUUCAUUUAUGGGAAGAAAUGAAGGUUGAUGUGUCUAACCUAAAACAUUACACUGAGAUUCUUUCUGAACAGCUUUCUAAAUCUGCAAGUAAAUUCAGUAUUGUAAAACUUGAGCUCUAUCAGACAAAAGAUGCCCUGAGAAAAAAGAAUUUGGUUUUAGAACGUGUAGAAAGAGACCUACGUCAAGCACAGUGUCAGAUGAAGGAGGUUGAACACAUGUAUGAAAGCGAACAAGGUAAAGUGAGUAAGUACAUUGGAAAACUGGAAUGCUUAGAGGAAAGGUUAUCCCAGCUGCAAAGUGAAAAUAUUUUACUUCGACAACAACUGGAUGAUGCUCACAAGAAAGCUGCCAGUGAAGAAAAGACAGUAAUUGACAUCCAAGGCCAAUUUCAGGAUAUCACAAAAAAUCUUAAAACUGAAAGUGAAAAACAAAGCCUUCUGGAAGAACGAAAUAAGGAAUUAAUCAAUGAAUGUAACCGUUUAAAAAAACAAAUACAUCAGUAUGAAAAUGAGAAACUAGAAAGAGAAGUAGUUGUGAGACAACUUCAACAAGAACUGGCUGAUAGCCUAAAAAAACAACCCGUGUCAGAAGCUUCACUGGAGGUGAAAUCACAUUAUCAUAUUAAUUUAGAUGAGACACAGGAUGUAAAGAAGAAAUUAAGUCAGAUCAUAUGUAAGUUGCAAGCAGCACAGGCUCACCUUCCAAAGACAGUACCAAGUGCUGAGAGGACCCAACAACAUUAUGCAAAAAUAUGAUUUGAAGCAGCACAGAAAAUAACUUGAUACAAUAAGCAUAAUAGUAUCAGAAUUAUGUUGAUUAUAAUAAACAUGUCUGUAUGAAACCAAGGAAAAAUUUCAGAUUUGCACUUUUUUGAAAUGCGUAAUUUUUGUACAUUGUCCCUGUUAUGCAAAUCACAUGUAGAAAUAUGGCAUAAUUGCUAGGUCAUCUACUAUUCAAAUUUUUAAGAAUUUAUAUAAUUUCACU